UUUACAACGUCAUCCAGCCGUUUGUAGUGGAUUUAGGUGGAGUAUAGUGAGGUUUCGGGGAUGAAAGGGAGGUGCGAGCAUCCUUUCCCGUUGUUCCGGCGGCCGUGCGUAAAGUUGCCCGUUUGGACACAGGCUGCGCGGCGGUACUGGACCGGAUCCCUGGUUCCUGUGUGUGUGGCACUGAGAUUGGCUGUGGUCUGGACACAGAGCGUUUUACGGCUCAGAGAAAGGUCUCAGAAGUCUCUCAGUCUGUCAGGCGAUCACCACGUGUCCAAACGAGGAGGAGAGAGAGAGAGAGAAACGGGGGGAGAGGAGGGGGUUACAGCAGAUGCAGACAAUGCGAUUUUGCGGUGCGUUUUUACCUCACACAUGUUCUACCCAAACCCAUGAAAACAUGGUCAUGAAGAUGAGUGAGAAGGAUUUCUCCUGAUUUGGUUCUUUAUUUUCAAUUUUUAAUUGUUUUCCUGAUUGGCGCCGGUCAUCUCUUCUAUGCACUCUGAUUGCAAACAAAUACCGAGAUGAAAUUCCCAAUAGAAACCCCAAGAAAACAAGUUAACUGGGACCCGGAACAAGUGGCUGUUCAGACCCACUUGGUCCCUCCCAAAAAGGUCCAGCCUGGCAUGGUGAAGUCCAGUCUGGUCCAGGCCAGCGUCGCCACCAUGCAGAACCCAAUGGGCUGCGAUCCAAAGGCCAACGGUCACUGUCCGCUGCCCCGUCUGUCCAUUUCCUCCCGCUCUGCCAGUGUGGUGGCAAGUAUGGACACCAACUGGGACGCCUCCACCGCAGCAGCCCUGCACUCGGUGAUGAAGUGGAAGACGGUGCUCGCUGUGUUCAUCGUGGUUCUUAUCUACCUGAUUUGUGGAGGUCUGGCAUUCAGGGCCCUGGAGAUGCCGUUUGAGAGAAACCAGAAGACCAGCAUCACCUUGGAGAAGGCUUUGUUUCUGCAGACCCAUUCCUGUGUCACUCCUGAUGAGCUGGAGGCAAUCAUCAAGCACGCUGUGGACGCCGUGAGCGCAGGAGUGAGUCCUAUCGGAGACACGUCCUACAAUUCCAGUUACUGGGACAUGGGCAGCGCCUUCUUCUUCGCUGGGACUGUCAUCACAACCAUAGGUUAUGGAAACAUAGCUCCCAGCACGGAAGGAGGGAAGAUCUUUUGCAUUCUUUAUGCCAUAUUUGGCAUUCCUCUCUUUGGAUUCUUGCUGGCAGGAAUCGGAGACCAGCUCGGGACCAUCUUUGUCAAAAGCAUCCUGAAAGUGGAAAAGAUUUUCAGGCAAAAACACAAACAGAUUAGUCAGACUAAGAUCAGAGUGACCUCCACCAUCCUGUUCAUCCUGGCCGGCUGCAUCGUCUUCGUUGCCAUCCCAGCGUUCUUCUUUCAGUACAUCGAGGGCUGGACCACGCUGGACGCCUUCUACUUCGUGGUGAUCACUCUCACCACGGUGGGAAUAGGAGACUACGUGGCAGGUGGAAACCGUAGGAUUGAAUACAUGCCUUGGUACAAGCCCCUGGUCUGGUUCUGGAUCCUGGUGGGCUUGGCGUACUUUGCGGCUGUCCUCAGCAUGAUCGGAGACUGGCUUCGAGUGCUGUCGAAAAAGACCAAAGAGGAGGUCGGGGAGUUUAAAGCUCACGCAGCUGAAUGGAAAGCAAAUGUCCGAGCCGAAUUCCGUGAGACGCGACGGCGCCUGAGCGUCGAGAUCCACGACAAGCUCCAGCGGGCUGCUACCAUCCGCAGCAUGGAGCGCCGCCAGAUUGGCCUGGAUCAGCGAGCUCACUCCCUUGACAUGCUGUCUCCGGAGAAACGAGCCAUCUUCGCUAGCCUGGACACUGGUCGCUUCAAGACCUCAUCCCAGGAGAGCAUUGACACCAAGUUGAACAACCUGAGGCUGAAGGGAGCCUGUGAGGCCUACGACCAUCACGGGAACGACCAGGCACAACAGACUGCAUCCUCCUCGGAGGAGAAUCUCUUUAACCCACGCUUUGGAUCCCUCACCAAACUGGGCAGGAGGAACAAGAACAGAGAGGUUCGGAGGAACAUUCCUGAAGAUGCGCGGCGGGCGAGUGUGGGCGUUAACACCGGCAGCGCCAUGCUGGGUGAGGAGAGGACGGAAGAAGGGGACGACGACGAUGGGGAGCCACGGGAUGAAAACCAGGAGAGGAAAGAGGGGAACAUCAGCCUGACAAACCUGUCCCAGUACGUCACGGACCGCUCCAAGCUGAAUGGCUUCCUAUCACCUCAGGGUAGGGAAAAUAAUCUGGCAAUGGACCGGAAAGAGCUUCAGCCAUAAUCAGGACGUGCAGAGACAAACUGGCAGAGAAUGCACUGUCAUUUCAGAUGUCAAGAAAUGUGCCUUUCUGUUUCCCAGUGAUUGGAUUGGAGAUGCUCCCAGGAAUUUCAGCCAGCGUGCCAUAGACAUGUGUUGCCAAAAAAAAUAAAAAAUAGAAUAAACUCUGAAAAGACACUUUAAAUACCUCAUUUGCAUACUAACUGUUCAAUGGGCUAGUUGUUGUAAGACCUUGGAAACACAUCGACUUGACUUUCAGCCUUCAUAGAUCUUAUCAGACAGUUAGGGGCUUCGACAUUUGGUUUUCAGGCUGUAUCUCACUUUUUAACAGUGUGGGAGAGAGAGAGAGCGAGAGAGAGAGAGAGACUCAGGUCGCUCGUCUUGAGGAACACUAUCGAUCUCCUCUCAGUCAUCUCAUACUGUCAGAGCUAUAUUUAUUCCCAAGCUCUGAGGGACUUCGGCGGGAAUCAAAUGCAGAGUGAGCAGGGUUGUUCGUUUGCUGCUGGAUCAAUAGACAACACAAGCAUUUACCCAGAUGAAAUGUACAAGUUAUUCCUUAAUGGUAUGUGACUUUGAAAUAGUAGCCAUAAGGUCUGAUAUACUACACAGUAAAGCCUUCAUCCUCUUUCACCUACUCGUGCAUGGCUCUAUUAGCAGUCGAUCAUCAGUAAUAAACUUUGAACUCGUCUUAUUCUACAGGUAACGACACAGAUAAUCACCUAAGGCCACGAGAUUGUCCCUGAUCUUCAUUUUGAGCCUUUUUUUUCAAAGUUUGUACCAUAUAUUUACAUGAUGUAAUUGCUCAGAAGACUUUGAUUAAUGACUGUGAUGCUAUUGAUUUUGAUCUCUUGUUUUUUUUUUCAAUUUCUUUUUUUUUUACAUCAGUCGAACACAUGAGUUGUGUUUUCCAUUGACCUGUGAAAUAUGAACUGAAUUUGUCUUCUUGUAUUUAUUUUCUGAAACCAAAUCUGUAGUAAAAUCACUUGACAAAUCAUCAUGAUAUGGGCUUUUUUUUUUUGCAUUUUGCAGUUUGCAAUCAAGUCCCAGCACCAGCUGUGAUAGCCUUUUGGUCUUCACUCUUAU